CAAUUUCAUUCUCGCGUCUGUUGAAACUUUCUUCUCCAACAGUUUUAUAGUUUCUCAAGUGAUAUAUCCGUGAACUUCUAGAAAUUAUAUUCGCUACAAUUUGAAGAGGUUUUCGAGCACGCUAAAAUUAACUCAGUGGAAAUUGGAAAAGUCUGAUAAAUAUGACUGUUCGAACCGACCUAUCAGCGUUUCGCAAGUGUGGCCCGUGAUUCCUUGCGCGUUGGAGUUCAGAUCAAGGUUUUCUGAUCGGUCGUCAUAGUUUGAGGAGGUGAAAAGUCUGGCGGUGCUUACGCGAUAUUCUUUAUGAAAUCUUAUAUUUAACGGUUGGCUCCUGAAUUCCUUUCGCAGCCUUUGAUUCUGCUUAAACAAAGAAAUUUAAGAUGUCAGCCACAACUACACAUAAAUACCGUUACAAAAAUGUGGGCUUGGACUCACAAGAACUACGUAGACGUAGGGAAGAGGAAGGUGUUCAGUUAAGGAAACAAAAAAGAGAACAACAGUUGUCAAAGAGACGCAAUGUUCCUAAUAUGGUAGCUGAUGAUGACAGUGUUGCUACAGAUGAAAGCGUAUUUCCUGUACCACCAAUGCAAACACCUACUAUAACACCGGAAAUAGUGCAAGAACUGUACAAUCCUAAUCCAGAGCUUCAAUUGAAAGCUACACAGAACUUUAGGAAAAUGUUAUCCAGGGAACCGAACCCUCCGAUAAACGAAGUCGUAGAAACCGGAAUCGUACCUAGAUUCGUUGAAUUUUUGCAAAAUAAUGAGAAUUUUACUCUACAGUUUGAAGCAGCUUGGGCUUUAACAAAUAUAGCCAGCGGAACGUCUCAGCAAACUCGUGUAGUGAUCGAAGCAGGGGCUGUACCCAUCUUCAUAUCACUACUCGGGUCUACGCACGAGGACGUUCAAGAGCAGGCUGUUUGGGCAUUGGGCAAUAUUGCAGGAGAUAGUCCUGAAUGUAGGGAUCAUGUAUUAGCCAGUGGAAUACUGACUCCCCUGCUGCAACUUCUCUCAAAAGGGACACGUUUGUCGAUGACACGCAAUGCGGUAUGGGCAUUAUCGAACCUUUGUCGAGGCAAGAAUCCAGCGCCAGAUUUCGCGAAAGUCGCGCCAUGUUUGCCAGUUUUAGCUCAUCUUCUUACUCACACCGAUAGCGAUGUUCUUGCUGAUGCUUGUUGGGCUCUAUCCUAUCUAAGCGAUGGACCGAACGACAAGAUCCAGGCAGUUAUCGAUGCAGGUGUUUGCAGACGUCUAGUGGAGCUACUUAUGCAUCAACAACACAACGUUAUAAGUGCAGCUCUACGAGCAGUGGGUAACAUAGUUACCGGCGACGACGUCCAAACACAAGUCGUUCUUAACUGCUCCGCAUUACAUUGCUUGUUGCAUCUGUUGAAUUCACCCCGCGAGACUAUCCGCAAAGAAGCUUGCUGGACAAUUUCUAACAUCACGGCUGGAAAUCCUCAUCAAAUCCAGGCUGUUAUCGAUGCUGAUAUAUUCCCAGUUUUGAUUGAUAUUUUGGGAAAAGCUGAAUUCAAGACUCGGAAAGAAGCUGCAUGGGCUAUUACAAAUGCCACCAGCGGUGGUACACCCGAGCAGAUACGUUACCUAGCCGCAGAAGGAUGCAUUCCACCAUUGUGCGACUUAUUAACUGUAAUGGAUGCUAAGAUCGUUCAAGUUGCUCUGAACGGUUUAGAAAACAUCUUGCGUCUUGGGGAACAGGAUGCUGCCACGCAUAACAGUAUCAAUCAGUAUGCGGUAUUGAUCGAAGAAUGUUACGGCCUAAAUAAAAUAGAAUUUUUGCAAUCACAUCAAAAUAUUGAAAUCUAUCAGAAGGCCUUUGAUAUGAUCGAACGGUACUUCGGUUCGGAGGAAGAGGAUACGCGAGUCGUACCUACCAUAGACGCGCAGGGACAACAGUUUCAGUUUAGAGCACCCGAUUCGUCUCAGCUACCAGUUCAAGGCUUCGAGUUUUAAUCGGUUAAUUUCAAUCGAGCCUCCAAAUGUAUCACCAGAUCCAAUCUUGUUUCGUUCAUUGAAUUUACGACUAUUUCUCGUAAGAAAAAGAAGAAAAAAAAAAACAAAUAAGGACAAUCUUCGAAGUGGAAAAUCGAUCGGAUACAAAAGAAUAGUAUAUUUAUACAUAUACUUUGAAUUCGUUUGUAUGAAACAGAAUAUCAGUAAAAAUCUCGAAGUAAUCAGGUUUUUGCUCGACGAUAAAGAUGAGUAAAAUGUUUAUACGCAGUUA